AUGAAGGACAAAAUGGAACGCGGAAGACCACUCGCGACGGCAUCAAACCGAACUCAAAAGAAGCGAGACCACGUCUCCGCGUUGCAAAAACGAGACUUGAGAGAAAAAUUGGAACGCGAGAUUAAAAAUGUCAUCGCGAAACCAUCGAACGAGAGAACAAAAGAAGAGUCAAAACUCCUCGACGCGCACGAAGAGAAAGUGAGUUCGCUGCUUAAACAGAUGGAAAAGAGUUUACACCGGAAACGAUUGCUGGAGGAAAAAGCGGAGGAGAAGGAAGAUUCGAGACAAGAGAUAGACGACGCAGUCGCGGUGGUGAUGAAAUUGUUGAGAGAAGAUGCCGGCUUACAGUUCGUGUUGCACACCGGGGCGGGUAUUUCCACGAGUGCGAAGAUACCAGACUUUAGAGGUAAAAACGGAGUAUGGACGAAGCAAAGGAAAGGCGAGUCGGUGUCCAUGCCAAAGUUUGAAAACACGAAACCGACGAAGGCACACAUGGCGUGUAAAGCGUUGUACGACGCGAAAGUUUUGACGAAAAUCGUGACGCAAAAUGUCGACGGGUUACAUCAAAGAGCCGGUAUACCGGAGGACGCGAUUGCGGAGUUACACGGAAGCGUGUAUAAGGAGCGGUGUUCGAGUUGCGAGAGAAUAUAUAUGAGAGAUUUUGACGUGACGAGUACGAAACCGAGUCACGGGAAGAAUCGACAUCGCACGGGGAGGACGUGCGAAGUUGAUGGGUGCGACGGGUAUUUGAAGGAUACGAUUGUCCAGUUUGGAGAGAGUUUAGACGAGGAGACGUUGGAGAAAGCGAGAGAAUGGUCGCAAGAGGCGAAGAUGAGCGUUGUCGUGGGGUCGUCGUUACGCGUGCCGCCGGCGAGUACGCUGCCAAGAAUGGCAAAAAAACACUGCGUUGUUGUGAAUCUGCAGUGGACGUCGCAAGACGCCAAGGCGACGCUAAAGUUGCACGCGAAAGCGGACGACAUUUUAGUCAAAAUGUGCAAACAUUUAGGAUUGAAGAUACCGGAAUACGAUCCGUCGACGGAGAGCGUGGGUAGGAAAGUGAAAGAGAGAGGGGAGAUAUUCGCGUGCGAAGUGAAGGAGAACGAUUGGAACGAGAAAGGUAUGGCGAUGAGAGAUAUCGACGAAAAGUUGAAAGAAGCGACGACGGGAAUGGAUGCGAUCGGGAAAACGAACGCGCGAAUUUUGUUCGGCGAAGCGGACGGUGGUAAGAAGUUAUCGAAAACCGCGCGAGAGGCGCUCAUUCGAGACGAGAAGCGAUUGAAAGAGGAACGAGAAGGCAAGGUUAAUGCGACGAAGACAACAACGAGAAAGAGAAAGUCGAAGAGUUUAACGAUGAAACCGAGAUCGAAGAUGCCGUGUUUCCCUCGACCGGGAUCGAAACAAACGCCUUUGACGAAUACCAGUCCGCCGUUGUUUGACGCGUCGAAAAUUGUCAAAAAGAAACGAACGCCUCUGAAGAAAAGGCGAAGUAUGGUGACGAAGAAGGAGGAGGAAAAGAUGGAUAAAGAAGAGAGGAUGAAGCCCAAGGUUGCUACAGCCAUAUAG